AUGGUUGAUCAGUCCCGCGCAGAUUCCUGGGACGACCUUCUUCCCCGAUGCCUUUUGGCCUACCGCGCCACCAUUCACUCCUCCACUUCAUUCAGCCCCCACAUGAUGCUUUUCGGACGCGACCUGCGCCUCCCGUCUGACGUAACUAUCCCACACGGCACCCCGGAAAUGGCACAACCACACCGGUAUCUCGAGCAGCUCAUUGACUCCCUACAAACCAUUCACACCACAGCCAGAACGAAGCUUCAGGCUGCACACUCCCACCAGAAGGAUUAUUACGACCAUCUGGCACACGGAACUCAAUACGAACCCGGCGACCGUGUUUGGUUGCACAACGACCAACCCCCCGCAGGGUACGCCAGUAAGUUUCAUCGUCAGUGGUCUGGGCCCUAUAUCGUCCUUCGACCGCUCUCUAAUUCCGUCUACCGCAUUCGCCUAAAAUCUGAUCCCUUCGGCCGGAUUAUCCAGGUGCAUUUCAAUCGGCUCAAACCAUGUUUAUCAGAGUAUCAGUCCCCCCAACACCCCAUUCCUUCGACCUCCCAACCGACCACAUCCCUCACCACCCUUUACACUCCACCAUCACCCCGCAACGUCAUUCUUCGUACAACUCGCGCUAAGGACAGCGCUCAAUCCUGA